CCAUCAUUUCGGCGGUUCUACGAGUCUAAAAAGAACUUUUGUUUUUGUAUCGAUCAGUGGCGGAGACAUGGGUGGUGGUGAUGGAGGGAGAGGCAAGGUGGUGGCGGUGGUGGGGGCAGGCUUGGUGGGGUCGUUGGAGGCGUCUCUGCUGGCAAAACGAGGCUACGAAGUCCACCUUUAUGAAUACCGCGAUGAUAUCCGGACAAUGGACCACGUUCCAGGACGAAGUAUUAACUUAGCUAUGAGUAUCCGAGGAAGGACGGGGCUAGGAGCAGUGGGGUUAGAGGAUAAGAUCGUCCAGCAGCAUGGGAUACCCAUGAGAGCUCGCAUGAUCCACAACAAGGAUGGAUCCACCAAACCUAUUCCAUACCACAAGGAUGGAAAGUGCAUAUAUUCAGUGGGCCGUCGCUUCGUGAACGAGGAGCUCCUGUCUACGGCCGAAGAAUUCCCGAACGUCCACAUACACUUCUGUCACAAGCUGGUCAGCGCUGACCUCGAGAAGGGCACCAUGACCUUCCUGAACACAAGGACCCAGGACGAGGUACGAGCCAAGGCAGACCUCGUAAUAGGGUGUGAUGGAGCCUACUCCACAAUGAGGAAACAAAUGUUGAAGCGGCCCCACUUCAACUACUCCCAGCAGUACAUCCCUCAUGGUUACAUGGAACUCUGUAUCCCGGCCACACCCCAAGGAGAGUUCUCCAUGCCAUGUAACUACCUACACAUAUGGCCCCGGGGCGAGUACAUGAUGAUUGCUCUACCGAACCAAGACAAAUCAUGGACUGUGACCCUCUUCAUGCCAUUUGAGGUCUUUGAAGGGCUCACAUCCCCGGAGCGUUUGUUGGACUUCUUCAAGGAAAACUACCCAGAUGCCAUCACGCUAAUUGGUAAAGAACGGCUCAUUCGUGAUUUCUUCGCCAACAAGGCUCUUCCCUUGAUUAAUGUUAAGUGUUCGCCAUACCACGUGGGCUCCACCUCGCUGCUUCUGGGGGAUGCAGCGCACGCCAUGGUCCCCUUCUAUGGUCAGGGCAUGAACUGUGGGAUGGAGGACUGCAUGGUGUUGGAUGAGCUGAUGAACCAGUUUGAGGAUGACCUGGUGAAAGUCCUUCCCGAGUACUCCAAACACAGGAAUCCGGAUGCUGAGGCCAUCGUCGACCUAGCUAUGUACAACUACAUUGAGAUGAGACAACUGGUCAACUCGACGUCUUUCCUAAUACGCAAGAAGUGGGACAACCUUCUCUAUCGCCUCCUGCCACAGACGUGGGUGCCUCUCUACACUAUGGUGACCUUCUCCAGGGAGAGAUACCAUCUCUGUAUCAUGAAGAGGAAGUGGCAGGAUAGUAUUUUGAGCAAAUUGAUAAAGGUUGGCGGAGUGAUCGGUAUUGGCGCUGGCGUGGUGUUGGCCAGGACUGAAGCUGUUCACACAUUAUCCCAUGUUCUUCUGGCCCACAUAACAAGACUCACAGCCAAGAUUGGGGCCAUCACUUCUUGUUGAUGCAGAUGAUGAGUCACAAUAACGUGGCUGAAGAAAUGUUGAACAAACCACACACUUGAAGAUGAAGAGAUGAUAACGGUUUAGUCCGUUCUGGACCAUACACAUACUCAAGUCGAUUGAGAUAAUUGACUUGAUAAUGGUCCUGCAUGGACCGAAAUGUCGUUGUCUCUUCAUAUUCUAGUGUGUGGUUUGGUCAACACUUUUUGUUGAUUCUCUUUACCACGUCAACACAUUACAAGACUUGCAACCAACAAACUCUCACUGUCAGCAAUCAGCAUAGUUGGUUCACAAUUGAGAGGUCCCAGUUUUCUUUCUGUGGUGAGACAAAGACGCUUUGUGACAUUUCUCUUCACUUUAGAUCUCCAUUCAUCUAACAGAAUCCUUCCAUUUUGUUAAGAGUUUGAACCAAGGCCCUCAUGCUAUGAAAAUGUGUGCUAUCAGAAGCACUUUUCCCUUCCAUGUGGUGUUGAAAUACUCACACUAUAUUUUAUAUUGGGGGUUUAUUUUUUAAACCAGAUAUGGAAUUACACAUUUUUGUACUGCUGAGUUGCCUAAGUGUAGUUACAGGAUGAGAGUUACGCUCGUGGUGUUUCGUCUUCCCAGUACUCUGUCAUAUAACACUUUGAAACUACUGACGGGUUUGACCUCCACCACCUCUCA